UUUUGAAUAUUAUGUACUUUACAUUUAUAUCCUAUUUAUCGUCAUUAUUAUAUAUUUUUUAUUCCCUUACUUCCUUAUUCAACCCUUUUUUAUAUAUUCAUUUUUUUCGCAAUUAAGGCCAAUGCUUCCCUCACCAACAUCUGGUUUGUCUAACAACCACCAACCUUCAACCCACCUUCAACUAUAUAACGGAAAAGAAGAAUAUUAUGUAGACGACGGACAAAGUAUUGACAAAACAUCUCCACGUCGUCGUCGUUCCACGUCAAAACAUCUUUCAAAAAUUCCAACAUCAACUACGACCUUAAAUAAUGGACCUGGUUCUUGCAGUAUAUUACCAUUAAUUAAGGGAAUAAAAAUUGUCGAUAAAAGCAAUAAUAAUAUUAAAAGAAGACAAAGCCAAGAUAGAGCUAAAUCUUCUAAUGGCCUAGAAACAACAGGUCUUAAGCCAAUAAUUUCCACAGCAGAAAGGCGAAGUAGUUCAUUUGCUGCUUUGCCAGUUAUCGAAAAUAUUGAAAAACAAAGAUUUAUUGAAAAACCACAAAAAGAGAUUUCAAAACGUGAAAAAAGUGUAGAAAAUAUACGAGGGAAAGUUGGAGGAGGAAAUACAAAAUUGGAUGAAGUAACAACUGUGAGAGUCCGUCGACGUAUUAUUAUUAGCGAUUCACAACAGAAAAAAUCUUCUUUCAAUAAAAACAUUUCAUUAGACUCCUCUUCAAGUGGACCGGCAGGUGUUUCCCAACCAAAACCUCCCAUCAAAAGAAAGCCAAAUAAAGAGGUCAAAAAAUUAAUUGGAGAAUCUGUGGGAACACAAACAGAAAAAGAGGUUUGUAUAUCAACGGACGAGACUUCGCAAACAACAGAAACUGAAACAGUAAAACAAGAACAAAAGAAGGAAAUUGACACACAAAGGCCCCAAACGAGUAAAUUAACAAUACCAAGAGCAACACAAACAGAUCAAAAUUCAUUAUUUAACCAAGUAACCGGUGGAGGGACUACAAGCAAUCGAUCGAGUAUGGAACAACGCAUUCAACUUCUUUCCAUAAUUGAACAUGCAUUAGAUGAAACUAUUGAUAAAGAAUCUAGACUUAGAACUAAUGAAUUUAUUGCCUCAACUGCCCGAAAACAAGUAAAAAAGAAUAUCAUUUCUCCCCCACAAAAUAUUUUUAAUUUUUUAUUUUUAAAGGCUCAAAUUUGGAGAGAUGCUAAACAAUUUGUUGCUUUAAACCUUCUCCCUCAAAGUAUUGAAUUAGCAAAUCAUACACGACAAUUAAGCCGCGAGAGUUCUCUUCGCUCGUAUGAACGAGCACUCAGAAAUAUCCAUUUACCCUAA